AGCUGACGUCGGGCGCGUAGGGGGUGUGGGCUUGCGGGCGGAGAGCGGCGACCAUCGCUUCGUGGAGGCAGGUCUGCGAAGAAAGACCUAAGAAGGGAUCGGGACGGUCGUACUUUACGAGAUACUUAACUGAAAGGACUCUGCCACGUUGCUGCACCAAACCAGAUGCCUUCUUCCACUUCACCAGACCAAGGGGAUGACCUGGAGGCCUGCAUUUUAAGAUUUUCUGAUCUGGAUUUAAAAGAUACAAGUCUUACUAAUCCCAGCAGCAAUCUCAAAGCAGAGUUAGAUGGCAGUACAAAGAAGAAAUAUUCAUUUGCAAAGAAAAAGGCCUUUGCCCUUUUCGUCAAAACCAAACAAGUUCCGUUGCCUUCUUUUGAACGUAAGGAAAAAUGGUGGAAAUGCUGUCAGCAGCUAUUCACUGACCAGACCAGGAUCCAUAGACAUGUGGCAACACAACAUGCCGAUGAAAUUUAUCACCAGACUGCUUCUGUUUUAAAGCAGCUGGCUGUGACAUUGGGUGCCUCAAAGAGUCUUAUGUCUGCAGACAAAAAGAACCUUCCAAAGGAGUACCUCACUCAUAACCAUGAAGUGUCUGCUUGGCUCCCUGACAUAAGCUGCUUUAGCCCUGAUGAGCUGGUAAGUGACCAGGGAAAUGAAGAAGGGGAGGUACUACUUUAUUACUGCUACUGUGACCUGGAGGAUCCCCAUUGGGUCUGUGCCUGGCAAACAGCUCUGUGUCAGCAUCUGUACCUCAUGGGCAAGGUUCGAAUUGCUACUGAAGGAAUCAAUGGAACAGUUGGUGGAAGCAAAUUGGCCACUAAACUCUAUGUGGAAGUCAUGCUUUCUUGCCCAUUAUUUAAGGAUUAUCUGUGUAAGGAUGAUUUUAAGACCAGCAAAGGAGGAGCUCACUGUUUUCCAGAAUUGCGUGUUGGCGUAUUUGAAGAAAUUGUACCCAUGGGGAUCAGCCCCAGUAAGAUCUCCUACAAGAUGCCUGGAAUCCAUUUAUCCCCAGGUGAAUUUCAUGAAGAAGUAGAGAAGUUUUUAUCUCGGGCAAAUGAAGAACAAAGUGAUACUAUCCUACUGGAUUGCAGAAACUUUAUGAAAGCAAAAUAGUAAGGACGAUUCCAGGGCUGUUUAGCCCCAGACAUCAGGAAAUUCAGCUACUUCCCUAGCUACGUUGACAAAAAUUUAGAGCUCUUCAGAGAGAAGAGGGUGCUAAUGUACUGCACUGGGGGUAUCCGUUGUGAACGUGGCUCCGCCUACCUCAAAGCCAAGGGAGUUUGUAAAGAAGUGUUCCAGCUCAAGGGUGGCAUCCAUAAGUACCUGGAAGAGUUUCCUGACGGUUUUUACAAAGGGAAGCUAUUUGUCUUUGAUGAGCGUUAUGCCCUGUCCUACAACAGUGCCAUUGUGUCAGAGUGUUCCUACUGUGGAGCCCAAUGGGAUCAGUAUAAACUCUGCUCUACUCACCAAUGCCGCCAGCUUGUUUUGACUUGCCCUGCCUGUCAACGACCAAGGGCAUUCCAGCCUGUUUGUUUGUCACAGUGUCAAGACAAGGAGCAGUACAGGCUUCAGGGUACGCAAGGACCAUCUUUGAAAGAAGAAUGGUGA